UGCCCUUUGUAGAGCUUUGCUAUUGUGAGCUGGUCUGCAUGAGCUCAUUUCAUCCACUCUACAAGACCCCACUGAGCUGCUGCAGGACUGUGUCCAGUCACAGUCACAGAAGACCACCAUCAUUUGAGCUGAAGCAUCUUGUGUAGAGUCUAAGUGGCUGCUGCACUUGCCACAAGUUCCAUCCACCCCUCUCUAUAGUGGUCUGCUGCCUGAUCAAGCUAGCUACAGGUCAUGGAGCCUAAUACUACACACAGGAGCGAUUCAAAGCCGUUCAACAAGUUUAGUUCUCCAUCAACAACCCGAGUGUCUUCUCCGUCCUCGUUCCCGUUCCAACCAGUGAGAUCAAAGUUCAUCGGCAGCUUUAUCCACGAGGUCAACUUCGACCCCCGGCCGGUAAAGCAACGUCCUUCAAAACGAGCUAGACAGAGAAUCAGAAAGAGACUUGCUAAACUGGAACUUGAAGACAAAGCAAAUAAAGUAUCUCCUGAGAGUGGGUAUGACACAACGUCAGGUGAUUGCCAGACGCCACGGUUCUCCUCGCCCGAGAAAAGUAGCUUCAAAUUGACAGAGACUCACCAAUCUCAGAGCAAGAAGAAAGAAGUGAAACAGGAAAGAAAUAACUUGCUACCCGCUGCUGCAAAUGCAUCCAAUGAAGGUAAUACAGUUUCCUCACGAGCACGGACCACCUCUGUUAGUAGCGUGAGCAGUUUAAUCACUGACAAGAAUCUUCGUAGGCCGCUAAAAGACCUCCACAGAUGUGAGGUCUCCAUUGCCAAGUAUGAAGCCAUGCUAUCAGACAAAUGCGAAGAAGGACAGGUUCAAUUGAGAGAUGUGUUCUCCAGAUUGCGUCACCAAGUGGAUGAGCGGGAGACAGACCUGAGGCAAGAGCUGACAACUGUUAGGGACAAUGCUGCUGCUAUUUUGGAGCGGCGCAAGAGGACUGCUCUUUACCUGAGGCAAGCCACCGAACAAGUGGCCAAUCUAGAGGAGCCACAAGUCGAGGAGCUCAAGCAACAGAUAAAGCAAUUUGUGACAGACCGAAGAGUGGACGAAGAGAUUGGCACCAUCACUCGUUUCCAAGCCGACUUAGACGAUAUUCUGAGGCAUGUAAUGGGCUUCGGAAAAGUGAACAACGUGAGGCACUUGUACACAGAGUGGGAGGAGAAUCCCGGUGAAGCCAUAGAGAUGAGCAAGCAUCGUCUGUCGUUCCCAAUCUCCGCCCACCAUCGGUUCACGCCCUCCAUCGACAGCGAGGUUGAUAGCUCCUCCCCCGGCAACUCAAUCAGCUCCAACAACAUCGCUAGUUCUUGUAACAGCAGCUCCACUGCUUCUUUGCUGACCGAGAAAGAAACAAGUUCUUUAUCGCCUCCUUCACCAGUAGAACAGAACAACAACUCUAAAAAGCCGAAAGAAGAUUCUCCAGUUUUGAAGGAAUUGACUCAGAAGAUAGGUCAACAGGCUAAUGAUGAAACUGAUGGACAGAGCGCCAGCGGAAAUAAUGAGCCAGUCGCUAUGAAACCAGAUGCUGUAGCCGAUGGCAACAAAACUAACAAACCAAUCUGUGCACUAACAUUAAAUAUUGAGACAACGAAAACGGAAGAGACGAUUGAAGAAGAAGAAGGACUGGACACGAUUGAGGAUGAUGGGCAGAGUGAUAAAAAGAUUACACCUGAGGAGCUGCUCCUAAAACAAGCCAGAGUGAGAGAGUCCCUUAAAAUGCAAGGAGUGUUUCUCUACGACCCCAUCACCGGCGAAGGUCCACCCCCAACGCCCCCACCACAAGCCACACCCCUCGAUAUGGGUAUAAUGGCCGACCACGAUUUACGACCUUUGUCCCCUGCUAGCAGGAAGAAAAAAACGCCCACACAACUUCGGAGGGAGCGAAAAAAGAGGCAAAAAGAACGAGAGAAGCGACAAAACGAGAUUGAAAGAAAAGUACGUGAAGAUUCCUCAAAAAGUAUAUCUUCUGGUGAAUCAAGUGACUCUAAAACACCCGACAUACCUAACACUGAUAAGAGCUCUUCUGGAGUGGAGGCGGAGUCUAAGGUCAACUGGAGCCACGCCCCCUUGGGGGGCGACGAUCGUGACGCUUCGAGUGAGAACAGUGAAGGUGAAGACAGUCCAAUCGAUUCUGGAGUAGUGCAGAUAGCGGAGGAGACAUUAACAAUACCUGCUGAUCAGCAGACCAAUAAAGAAGCCACAAAUCAAGACAUACCGUUGCAUUCAGAGGAUCAAGCCAUUAUAACCGUGGAAACACCAUCAAGUAGCGACCAUCUCUGUAGUGAUAUGAACAAUGAACUAGACCAAGGCCCUACUGUAUCAACUGAUGAUUAUGUGAACUGCAAUCAAGUGGAACCUGACACUCCAGCAACUAACUCUUCUACUAGCGAGAUAUCGAUACCACCUUCAUUCGAGGAUGAAUCAAUUUUGUCAUCUGAAGUCCCAUCUUUGAAGCAGCUAGCUACAGUUGUAGCCACCGUUACUGAGGUUACCAGUCUGCCGUCCAAUCAGCUACAACUUGACGAUCCGCUGUCGCAACCCCCUCCCUCCAUAGAGCAACAGACCAUCGGAGCACCCCCCCUUGACUCAAGUGAUGGAGAACACAGCAAGCACGUCAUUGCAGACAGUGAAGUACCAACCAUUGAUAAAGAGGACGAUCAUCAACCCUCCAUAGAGCAACAGACCAUCGGAGCACCCCCCCUUGACUCAAGUGAUGGAGAACACAGCAAGCACGUCAUUGCAGACAGUGAAGUACCAACCAUUGAUAAAGAGGACGAUCAUCAACCCUCCAUAGAGCAACAGACCAUCGGAGCACCCCCCCUUGACUCAAGUGAUGGAGAACACAGCAAGCACGUCAUUGCAGACAGUGAAGUACCAGCCAUUGAUAAAGAGGACGAUCAUCAACCCUCCAUAGAGCAACAGACCAUCGGAGCAUCCCCCCUUGACUCAAGUGAUGAAGAACACAGCAAGCACGUCAUUGCAGACAGUGAAGUACCAACCAUUGAUAAAGAGGACGAUCAUCAACCCUCCAUAAUAGAGCAACAGACCAUCGGAGCACCCCCCCUUGACUCAAGUGAUGGAGAACAUAGCAAGCACGUCAUUGCAGACAGUGAAGUACCAGCCAUUGAUAAAGAGGACGAUCAUCAACCCUCCAUAGAGCAACAGACCAUCGGAGCACCCCCCCUUGACUCAAGUGAUGGAGAACACAGCAAGCACGUCAUUGCAGACAGUGGUGUACCAGCCAUUGAUAAAGAGGACGAUCAUCAACCCUCCAUAGAGCAACAGACCAUCGGAGCACCCCCCCUUGACUCAAGUGAUGGAGAACACGGCAAGCACGUCAUUGCAGACAGUGAAGUACCAGCCAUUGAUAAAGAGGACGAUCAUCAACCCUCCAUAAUAGAGCAACAGACCAUCGGAGCACCCCCCCUUGACUCAAGUGAUGGAGAACAUAGCAAGCACGUCAUUGCAGACAGUGAAGUACCAGCCAUUGAUAAAGAGGACGAUCAUCAACCCUCCAUAAUAGAGCAACAGACCAUCGGAGCACCCCCCCUUGACUCAAGUGAUGGAGAACAUAGCAAGCACGUCAUUGCAGACAGUGAAGUACCAGCCAUUGAUAAAGAGGACGAUCAUCAACCCUCCAUAGAGCAACAGACCAUCGGAGCACCCCCCCUUGACUCAAGUGAUGGAGAACACGGCAAGCACGUCAUUGCAGACAGUGAAGUACCAGCCAUUGAUAAAGAGGACGAUCAUCAACCCUCCAUAAUAGAGCAACAGACCAUCGGAGCACCCCCCCUUGACUCAAGUGAUGGAGAACAUAGCAAGCACGUCAUUGCAGACAGUGAAGUACCAGCCAUUGAUAAAGAGGACGAUCAUCAACCUUCCAUAGAGCAACAGACCAUCGGAGCACCCCCCCUUGACUCAAGUGAUGGAGAACACAGCAAGCACGUCAUUGCAGACAGUGAAGUACCAGCCAUUGAUAAAGAGGACGAUCAUCAACCUUCCAUAGAGCAACAGACCAUCGGAGCACCCCCCCUUGACUCAAGUGAUGGAGAACACGGCAAGCACGUCAUUGCAGACAGUACUCUUGAUAUGCAGGAUGUCUCAUCAAUUGAUAGAGAAGAAUAGAUAGACGGAGUAUUUUAAUUAAUUAUAGGCAAAAAUAUCAACUUUGUAUUAUAAGCAUUAUAAGCACAGCAUUUCUGCAUUAACG